UUCACCGGUUGUCCUUCCUUGUUCCACUUUUGACAUGUGGAGCUACACACUUCUGUUCGGGCUGCAGAUUUUCACCUUUGCUGCCACUGUGUCUGGUGAACGUUCAGUAAAAGCCAAACUUCAUCACCCUGCUACUCUCACCUGUGACUGGAAAUGUUCUGGUUCACUCAAAUGGACCCUGUUUGAUAAACCAGGCAGUGUUCUGGCUCAGUGUGAUCAGACGUCAUGCAGGUCAGAGGAGAGAUUUAACAUCUCUCAUGAUCAGUACCUGAAGGGGAAUCCACAUCUCACCAUCACUGCAGCUGAUUACAGUACGAGAGGUUUAUACACGUGUCAGUGUGAUGGCAAAGACGUCUGUGACGUGCGGCUCGUCAUUGAGACUCAAGUGAUGAGCCGUGAGAUUACCCCAGGCGAGCCCAUAGACGUGUACUUACCCCUCACUGACCGGGUGGAGGUGAGUUUUACUGCGAGUGAUGCUGCACAACCAUCAGACCUGCAGAUCUGCACCGUGGACAAUGAGAAGACACAGUGCAGUCCAGAUUAUAAAGAGAGAGCAUCUCGCAUCAACACUCUUCAGAUUAAAGAUGGAAACGUCUCUGACAGUGGCAGCUACACAGUACGGGAUGUAGUGAAUGAUGAGACUUUAACCAUUGUAAAGGUCCAUAUGAGAGAAGACCAGCCAGGUUCGGACAUCAGGCAGGAGGGAGGUGUACCAGCGUGUGGGAUUGUACUGAUGCUGCUGCUGCUGCUGGUUGUAGCUGCGUUUGUGGUUCUGAUGGUGAUGUAUGUGCGUCUGAGGAGAGAGAAUCAGCAGCUCCGUGAGAAAGAUGAAAGGAACGGACACGAGCAGCGCCCAAUGAAUGGAAAUGCUAACCAUGAUCCAGGAGAAGAGCAGGACUGAGUACACACUGAGCUUACUGAACCCACAAACACUGAACACUAUUCUAUUAUAAUAAAAUCUUUAGAAUAGAAUAGAAGAGCUUUAUUGUGCUGCACGAUCAGAGUGAAAGUAAGUUUGAAUUUCCUGCUGUUACAUGAUGGAGAAUAUGUCAGUAAUGUAAAUAUAGAGUAACGUCCUUUACAGGAAGAAGUGUGCAGUAUGAGAGUGAGUGCAAGUGCUGAAACAGCAGGGUGGUGGAGCUGUAGGUCACAUACACAAGUGACGGAUGUUGUACAGUCACAGUGAGGUAACAGUGUCGGGGUCAGGGUUAGGGUGUUAAUGGUUCUCAAAUCACGCUGAGCAAAUUGACUUCAGACGUGUUCAGUGGUGUUUAAUGAUGCGUUUCAGUCACGUCUAAUUCAGCACACGCAGGGAAACGUGGUGCUUUUCUUCAUAAUUCAGUAUUAUCCGUAAGAAAGGACCAGAAUAAAUAACUACUGAUGUGAUAAUCAGAGUGUAGACGAGCCACAGUGUGUAAAACUACUGAUCAGGAACUACUGAAACUUCUUUUACUGACUGGUGCUAAGUGAGGACGUGAGUUUACUCCUGUUACAUUCCAUCCACUGACACCCCGUGCCUUAUAGACUUCCCUUUAACCUUUAUUACAGGUAUUAAACACCUCAGUAAGACCUUUUAUAACACAUAAUAACUGAUGCACUAUAUCACCCCGUGCCUUAUAGACUUCCCUUUAACCUUUAUUACAGGUAUUAAACACCUCAGUAAGACCUUUUAUGACACAUAAUAACUGAUGCACUAUAUCACCCCGUGCCUUAUAGACUUCCCUUUAACCUUUAGUACAGGUAUUAAACACCUCAGUAAGACCUUUUAUAACACAUAAUAACUGAUGCACUAUAUCACGCCGUGCCUUAUAGACUUCCCUUUAACCUUUAGUACAGGUAUUAAAGACCUCAGUAAGACCUUUUAUAACGCAUAAUAACUGAUGCACUAUAUCAGGUCACAUUACCAGAUUGAUCUUUAUCAAUCUGGAUCUGAUCCUACAGUCAUGGUACGAGGAAAGUACCCCCUCCUCCAGUUCUAUGUUUUUCGUUAUCAGAGUUAGUUGUUUAGUUAUCAGCAUUCUGAAUGUUGCUUUACUUUUUGGGAAAAAAUGAGUACAUAUUAAAAUCCGUUGUUGUUUUUUUUGUGGUAACAAUUUUUUUUUUUUUUUUUUUUUUUUUUUACAAUUUUCAGUAACAAUCAAUUGUUAGAGAUGCGUGUGUGUUAUUGUCUGUUUGUCUGGUUGCUUUUAUUUCUGAAUUUUAUGUGAGGUCGUAUUAUAUUUCACUCUUCCUGCUUCAGCUUUACCAAAAAUUUCUUCCUCAGGUGUUAUUAGUGUUUAUGUGAAAUAUGCAAAGUGUUUUCGCGUGAAGGAGAUCAGAGGAGACGCGUCUUAAUCAGAGACUUCGCUCUUCUUAUAAAGUGUUUUUAUGGAUAAAGUUAUGAAUGAACCGCAUGUAACCAUGGUUCCCCGAGGGAACGAGACGCUGCGUCGAAACACUAUGGGAACGCCCUCAGCGUGACCACGCUCUGAAUCACAUGUGUAAUCAGUCCAAUGGAUGGGCGAGAAGUCACGGGCGGGGUGACGACACGGAAGCUUAAAAGCACAAGCGGUGGAUACAGCGGCAGCUUCUGAGAAAUGAAGCAAGCACUCACAGGGAUGCCGGAAGUAUGGCACUGAGACGCAGCGUCUCGUUCCCUCGGGGAACCAUGGUUAUAUGCAUAACCUAGAGACGUUCCCCUUUAGGAACUCGAGCUGCGUUGAAACGAUAUGGGAACGAGUAUGCCCACUUCACCAGACUUACAAAUCCCUGCUGAGUGUGGAAGAGCACAGCUAGGGUGAGAGAACAGAAGAGCCUGGAGUGGCUCGCAUAUCGAGGCCAUAGAACCUGACACACACACAGUUAAGCCUCUGCUGGUCGGGCUCCCAAAAGGGAGGAAGACAGAAGGCCUGGAGCACGACAGGCCGUGGUGUAGAGGAGGGAACUUUAGGAACAUAACCCGCUUGAGGGUAGAGAAACGCUUUGGCCAGACCAGGCGCAAAGUCUAAAUAAGAGGGGGCCACUGAGAGGGCCCGAAGAUCCCCAGCUCUCUUUAGAGAGAGCCUCUAACACCACAGCCAGGCCCCACGGAGGGACACAAGAUCGUACCGGAGGCCUCAGCCUCAGCACACCGCGGAGGAAACGUGUAACUAUGGGGUGUCUGCCCACAGACCAACCCUGCGGAGAAUCGGGCUUGCACCCACACCCAAAGCUUCCACCACUCCGGGCGAGGGUGGACCCACCUGUGAGAGGAGAUCCCUCCUGACGGGAAUCUCCCAUGGAGAGCCGUCGAGAAGGGAAAUCAGGUCCGAGAGCCGUACUCGGCCCGGCCAGAACGGGGCUACUACAACAGAAGGACCCCGUCCCGGCGCACUCUCUCCAGAACUCACGGGAGCAGAGCGAUCGGGGGAAAGGCAUACAGAUGAAGCCUCGGCCACGUCCCAGAGGGGACAGUGCGACGUCUCCUGAGUCGCAAACAGAUCCACCUGAGCCUGGCCAAACACUCUCCAUUCCCCGGGCCUCGGCCCCUGCCUCGACAGGAUGUCUGCUCCCAUAUCGAGAUGUCCAGGGAUGUAAACUGCUCUCAGUGAAAGGAGUUUCCCCUGGGACCACACAAGGAUCUGGCGCGCCAGCCUGUAAAGGGGGCGCGAACGCAGACCUCCCUGGUGGUUGAUGUAAGAGACCACUGCUGUGUUGUCGGUGUGCACCAACACAUGGCGAUCUCUUGGGUCCGGGAGAAAGUGUUUCAAUGCUAGAUACACGGCCCUCGUCUCCAGGCAGUUGAUGUGCCACGUGAGAUGGAGGCCGCUCCACAGACCGCCGGCUGCGCGGCCACUCAUGACCGCUCCCCAACCGGUGAGAGAUGCUUCCGUCGCUAGCGUUAUGCGGCGACAAGGAGCUCCCAGCACCGGGCCCUGAGACAAGAACCAAGGUUCCCUCCACAUGUCUUAGGCACGUAGGCACCGCCGCGUGACCUUGAUCAUGCGAAGCGGGUUUCCUCUCGGGGAGAACCCCUUGGUCUUGAGCCACCACUGUAGGGGUCUCAUGUACAGCAGGCCAAAAGGUAUCACGUUGGACGCAGCUGCCAUCAGACCCAGCAGUUUCUGGAACUGCUUUACAGUGAGUGACCGGCCUUCUCUCAUUCUCGUGACUGCUGUGAGGGUCGAAUCGAUCCGACGUGCCUGCAUCGUGGUCGAAUCCCACACCACGCCCAGAUAAGUGGUUCUCUGUACUGGAGAAAGCACACUUUUCUUGGCGUUUAGUCUUAACCCCAGCUCUUUCAUGUGGGCGAGAAUGACAUCUCGAUGCCAAACCACCGCCUGCUCCGAUUGAGCUAAUAUCAACCAAUCGUCGAUAUAAUUCAGUAUGCGGCUGCCCUGGAGUCGCAGAGGAGCCAGAGCAGCAUCCACACACUUCGUGAAAGUGCCGGAUGAGAGUGCCAGGCCGAACGGAAGAACCCGAUAUUGGUAAGCUUCGCCCCCGAAAGCAAGCCUCAGGAACUGCCUGUAUUGGGGAAGGAUGGAGAUAUGGAAGUAUGCGUCUUUUAGAUCGAUUGUGACAAACCAGUCCUCGGAGCUGAUCUGAGACACGACUUGUUUGAUCGUGAGCAUCCUGAACUUCAUUCGCAUGACUGAGUGGUUCAAUUGACAGGGUGGCAGAGUUGGCAGAUCAAUCUCCUGAGGGCACUGAGGAGAGACGGGCACCGUAUGAUGAGGUUUACACCGCUCUUCGCCAGAGGGGCCUGCCCUCAGAAGUCCUGGGCCACCAGCGUCAGGAAUUCUUGGCCAAGGUCUUUUCAGACAGAAGACCGGUCCGCAGAUCCGGCUUCGCCUUAGAAGACCCCGGCUUAGAGCAUAUGUUUUUGUGCCUCCCGGUAUGAGGAGCUGGUACACGGAGGGGGCUGCUCCCGCCCGGCAGCCCCAAGCGCUAGAGAGCGGCGAGGGAGGAACCGCCGGCUUGUCUGAGCUCGGAACGAUGAAGUACCGGCUGUAGAACCCAGACUCUCUGUUGUAAGGAGGGACCACCUCGAUGGCCUCCUUCCUCAAGAGAGUGUUUACUUCGUGUUCCAUUACCAGAGCCUGCUCGGGGCCCACCAAAGUGGGAAGAACCCCGCAAAAACGAGGCGGUGGUGAACCAAAUUGGAUAGCCUCUCUCUACAGUAUGCAGGACCCAUUGAGACACAUUUGGCAGAAGUUUCCACGCUGCCAAAUAGUCUACUAAGGGAAUCAGUCUCUCGAGACUGACCUCUGGUGUAAUGAGAGCGGCUAUCUCGGUGCCCUGAAGCGGCGGACCGGCAGGGGACGGCCGAACUAGCUGCUCUGGAGACCUCUGGAGAGGUAGCGAGCCUCCCAGUACCGCUACGUUAAUACUGUUUUUUUACUGUUUUUGUUUUUUACUGCAUUUUUUUACUGUGUUUUUUAACUGUUUUUGUUUUUUACUGUUUUUGUUUUUUUACUGCAUUUUUUACUGUGUUUUUUGAACUGUUUUUGUUUUUUACUGCAUUUGUAUAGAAAGUAAUGUCACAUGAAACAUUAAAGUGUGCGUUUCUUGA